GAAGUGGGAAACUUGAAAAACUCUUUUAUUGGAUGUUCUUGACAAGCAUGCUCCAUCAAAAGAAAAAAGGGUAAAAAACAAACCGAAUGUGCCUUGGCUAACAAGCGAAAUUAAACUACAAAUUCGCGAGCGAGAUCGUCUUAAACGUCUUGCAAUUAAAUUUAGUUCAGAAGAUUAUUGGAGUGCGUACAAAAUCUAUAGAAAUAAAACAACGGAUGUAUUGCGUAAAGCGAAAGCUAUUUACUACAAAAGGCAAUUUGAAAAUGCCAAAGAUGAUCCCAAAAAAGCUUGGAAAACUGUUAAUAAAAUCCUUAACCAUGAAAAAAAGAGUAGUGAUAUUAACUGUAUUAAUGCCGAAUCGAAAACCGUCAAAUUCUAGUCCCCAAUAAGUUGGCCGAAUGUUUCAACUAUUAUUUCACUAAUAUUGGACUAGAGAUCGCUAAUAGUAUUGAUAGUAGCAAUGUUAAUUUCCGAGACAACAUUAUAAAUACAUCAGGUAUAUUUAAUUUUCGAACUAUUUCUGUAUCGAAAGUUGAUAAGAUCCUUCGUCCGUUAAACCCUUGUAAAUCCACAGGGAUUGAUGAAAUUCCUGCCAAAAUUAUUCGAAUUGCAUCUCCUGUAAUUGUAAAGUCGAUAACGGAAAUUUUUAAUAGGGCAAUUCUCUCCGAAGUUAUUCCAUCUGAAUGGAAAUCAGUUAGGGUAAUUCCUUUGCAUAAAAAUGGUCCCAAAAAUUUUAUUAAAUAAUUAUCGCCCUAUUUCUAUUUUGCCUGUAUAAGUAAAAUUAUCGAAAAUUAAGGUACUAUAUGAACAAUUAUAUGACUGCUUUGUUUCUAAUAAUUUACUUUCUCGUCAUCAGUUUGGCUUUACACAGUUUCAUUCUACAGCAUCUGCCCUUUUGGAUGGAACCAAUGAAUGGUUUAUCAACAUGGACCGCGGUAUGUUAAAUAUUUCAGUCUUUCUCGAUUUAAGCAUAAAGCUUAAGCUUUAUGGCUUGGAACAACCUUCCAUGAACCUUUUAAAUUCAUACCUUGCGAAUAGAACCCAGCUAUGCACUAUUAAUGGUGUCUUAUCCGGCCCUAAGCCUGUCACGUGUGGAAUUCCUCAAGGUUCAAUUCUUGGCCCUCUUCUAUUUCUAGUCUAUAUAAACGAUUUACCCAGCUGUUUGGAAUACGUUUUUAUCGCCAAGAAUCAAAGAAUGUUUGCCGACGAUACCACGUUAAAACUGUAUCUGGUAAAUCAAUGCAUGAAGUAGAGCAGGUCAUUAGCCACGAUCUUGCAAACGUUAAGCGGUGGCUCUCUUUUAACAAACUGUCCCUAAAUCUGGUCAAAACUGAAUACUUACUAAUUGGAUCACGGUAUAAUAUCAAUAACUUACUUACUGCCCCAAAUGUUUACGUUGGAGAUAUACCAAUUAGAAGGGUCAUAAGAGAAACAAAGGCACUUGCAGUCUAUAUUGAUGAAUUUCUAUCUUGGGAAAAGCAUAUUACUACAAAUUGCUAAAAAAGCUUCGUCCAGAAUUGCAGCGAUCAGAAAGCUCAAAUCUUGCAUUGUGCAUUAUAGGUGCCUAUAAUGCACUUAUAGCACCUCAUUUCGAUUAUUGUUGUGAAGUUUGAGACAUUAUCGGCAUUGUACUUCCUGACCGCUUGCAAAGAUUACAAAACAGGGCUGCUAGAGUUAUAACUGGUCGUAUAAAGGAGCCAUCCCUAUAAACGAACAUCGCCAGUCUGAACUUGCUCUGAAUGAAUUGGAUGGAAGCCACUGAGCGAACGCAGGAUCAAGUUCGUAGCAAAUUCAAUGUAUAAAAUUACGCGUAAUCUAGCGCCAAAAACGUUAGCUGAUAUUUUUAUACAGACGCCUCCCUCCCAAUAUUACAAUUUACGAGGCUCUUCCACUAAGCUCUUUUUGCCUCACCCCACUCUGACGUUCUUAAAAAAGGUCUGAGUUGCAAAGGGGCAAAAAUGUGGAAUAGCCUCUCAGAAGAAUUACGAACUAAGGAUUCUCUUUAUUCCUAAUUUAAUACUAAUUUUACAAUGCCUGGCCGGUAAUCAUAUUAUAAUAUUGUAGUUUUAUUUAAAUAUGUAGUGUAUAUUAUGUAUAGUGUCUGAUGUAAAUAUUUUUUUGUUAUUUUUGUAUGAAUACCUACGCCCCCUUGGAAAUCAGCUUUCUGCUGUAGGGUACGUUUAGCGUGGUGAAAUAAAGUUUUACCUUACCUUACCUUAUUUGCAUUGUGUUUGUAUUGAGUUAGACAAGCUCAUUAUCAUAUCUAAUAACACCAAACAAAAUGUGUGAUUGGAAACAUUCUCAGGGCUACUCGCAAAAUACUAAAAAACCACGCCCUUGAAAUGAGUUAAUACCUCGCCACGAAAAUUAAAUUUUCCCAGGGCAUCUUUGCACAACCGAAGGAUUAUUAAUCCGCCUUUUUAUACGAUUGCUAUACCACAGUACAUCACGAUGGUAUCAUUUACAUUUAAUUCACACUAUCAAAGUAUACCAAACCUCAGUGUAUCAAAGGAAAUACUAAGGCACUCACUUGGAGUGACUUAUGUCCGGUGGGGGAAAAGACCUGUCCAAAUACCGCAGCUACAAUGGUUUAUGAAGGUAACAAUAAGAUUGCAUAUACAAUGCACAUAUAUAAAAAGUUUUUAUAUGAUCAAUUGCCAACCCCAAAUAAAAUGCAAAGUUUAAUAAUACAAAGUGUCUCAUGGACUAGAGUAACAAAGUUUCCCUGUUUCAGAAUGAAUAAUAUAGUAAUUGAACUGAGUGGAGUAAAACUUGGACUGAAAUCAAACGCAAAACUUUUAGGUUAUGUCGGAGGAACUCAUUGGAUUCAAAGGGGCGGUGCAUCUAAUUACGUAUGUUUGAGACGUGACCCGAUUUAUACACAAUAUCAAUCUGGGUAUCAAUCGCGUAUUUCCCGAAUCUGUGGCACAGAAUAUCAAACGUACUCCACUGGCAUAUAUCCCAGCAGCCUGCACGACCAUGAUGUCCCUUGUGCUGUGUGUCAUGUUGCCAAACGUUCUUCACAAAUGAUGAUACCAGGUCGUAAUAUAUGUCCUGCGAGAUGGACACGCGAGUACAGAGGGUACCUGAUGUCAGAGAAACACGAUCACCAUCGUACAAUGUAUACAUGCGUGGAUGAAUAUCCUAAUCACACGAGAGGAACCCACGCUGUUAAUGGCGCUUUGUUUUAUUUUGUUGAAGAAGAAUGUGGCUCACUUCCCUGCAAGCCUUAUAUAGGAGAAUGUGAGCUGACAUGCGCAGUAUGCUCUCGCUAAAUAUGAACUCAUCUUUAACAUGGCCAAUUGUUGAACAUCAUUUAUUGUCACAAUCAUUUAUAUAUUAUACUUAAUUGCACAUUUUAUACGAACUCUUAGAAAGACACUCAACUUAAAAUCAAUAGACUUUUUGUCUCACUUCAGGCAAAUAAUAAUAUUAAAAUGGUAAUGUAAUAAUAAUUAAUAAUGGUAAUAAUGUUGUAAUAUGUAAUAAACAUUGUAAACAGUGCACGUUGUCUCACCUUUAGAAAAAUAAUAUGUGAGCAAUAGUAUAACCCCAAUAUUGCAUAUAAAUCACAAUUGCAGACUUAAUUAUUAUAAUUAAAAGCAACAAAACUUUAAAGGUGGUCUACAGUCCGUAUGCAAACAAAGCCUUUGUUUACAUUUUUUGUCCAAAAUAUUGAGCUUUAUUCGACACUAUUUAUAUUUUCAAGCUUCUAGAGUAUAAUAAAUUAUCAAGAAACAACAAUUAGGCUUUUCAAGAACUCAAAACAUAGUUAAACUGUUUGUAUCAUAAAAAGUGGGCUCAUUUGUGCACAUGCGCAGAUCGGACUGUAGAUCACCUUUAAAAGCAGCCUAAAACUAACGAUGUUUAUUUAAUUAAGUGUGGCAGACAAUCAUUGUUUUUGACAUACUUUUGCACUUAUGUGUUCAGUGUGAAUAUAUAUAGAACAACCAAUCUCGUUCCCCAAGCCUGCGAUCCUCGGGAAGGAACGUGAGGUUCUGGGAUAAUCCGUUUCAGGGAGGAAUCUGAUUGGCCGUUGAAAUGGAAUGCGUAGUUCAAUCUUGGCCAGGAUUCCUGGCUUCCGGCAACGGAUUAUCCCAGAGUCUCGCGUUCCUUCCCGAGGAUCGCAGGCUCGGGGAACGAGAUUGUAGAACAACCAUCAGGCAGCCUCGUUCCCAGGCUCCAACUUAGACGCGCGAAAUCGUGGCGCGACGCAAGCAGUGGAAAACGGCGCAGCAAAUCAAAGCGCCUGGGGCGAGGCUAACCAUCAGGAGAUAGACCGGAUAACACUAUUAAAUAAAUUAAUUAAAUAAUGAAACUGAAGUUUUAUUAAAAGCAUGACCGCGAAAAUGGCACAACGUUUAACAAAAUGGCCGUGUCAUUGAGCAUUCAUUUCAGGGCAUCGCAGGUUCUGUCAAGAAAUUUCACGCGUUUUUUUUUAAUUUGACUAUCUGCAACAAAAUAAAGUUCAAAUGGUUUGUUUAAAUCGAAUUAUGCAUGACACAUCACACGAUGUUUUGGGCCAUUAACCUGUUUUUGCUAAAAAAAUUCUGACAUUAUACAAAUCAAAAGUUUGCCGAUUAGAUAUUGCAAAAAUACUAAAUAAUUUAGCAGUUCUCCUCAUUAAUAUUCAGUACAGAUCGCUAUUUCGAAUCUUCAAGCGUGCAGUAAAACAUGCUGAAAGUGAAAUCCCGCAUGGCCAUGUGCCAUUCUAACUCAACUUGUAACCUUGAGUGUAACAAGUGCGUGCGUGGAAGCAGAAUGAGGCCAAAUAUGGUGAUCUUAGGACGUUAGUUUCCUUAAACAAUAUCAAUGUACCAUUUAAGGAAAAAUGUAGUUAUUAUCACCGUAAAAUUCCACGUCAUAAACUAAACGAGAAAUAUUUUAAGAGCAUGUUGGUCGACCAUUUGCUCAGUAUAGACUUGAAAUCAUGAUGUUCCGCAACUUUUAUAUUUUGUUCGUUACUCAAUUAUUGUGCCUCACCAUAACAGCCCAGACCGCUGAUCUAGCGAGAAAACGGUAGGUAAAAAGUCAUUAAUGGACAACUUGCAUGUUAGACUAAAUUUUAAUCUAAGCAAAAAGAAGGGAAUCAAACACCACAGCUAAAAAAAGAUAUAGUGAAAUUAGUAAAAUUGAAAAAUUUGGUUGCGAAAUGUUGUAAAGCUUGGAAUUAAAUAUAGCCUUGCAAAGUUUGCAUAUUUUCAGUAUGUUUGUAUUACGAGCGGAAAUUGUUACCAUUUUCGGCUCAAAAAUGGUAACAAUUUCCGCACGUAAUACAAAUAUACUGAAAAUAUGCAAACUUUGCAAGGCUACAUUUUCCAAACUUUACAACAUUUCGCAACCAAAUGUUGCAAUUUUACUAAUUUUAAUAAGUUCUUUACGGGAAUUUACUUUUUUUUUGCCUAGAUCAAAAAUUUGUCUGACAUGCAAGUUGUCUAUUCUAUAAGCCUUGAUUUCUACAAGCAUUGUUCUGCGUGUUAACAUGAAACGCGCAAGGGUGUGUAGUAGCGAAGUAGUUGUAGUUCGCUACUGUAGCGAACUACAAUUUUCAAGUAGCCAGUAGUUUUUGACUACUUUUUUAAAACAGUAGCUGUAGUUAUAGCGAACUACAUUUUGCCUAAAAGUAGCCAAGUAGUUGACUACUUUUUAAACAGCGAAUUGCUAUUCGCUACUUUUUAAAAUUGUUAGCGACUUGAUAGAAUAGCAUGAUAUUGAGACACGGUUUGCUUAAAAUCAACACUCAAUAGUCAAUUUGCACUCUUGAACACUGUAGUGCUUACAUAAAUGUUGCUUUGUGUCUACUGUUCAGUUGCUACUCGUAAGUCGAUUUGUUAUAGGUUAAUUACAUUUCAGCCUGAGUUAGUAGAUGCUCCAAAUACAGUAAAACUAAAAAAUAUAGCGUAGCGAAAUAGCGAAUAGUUCGCUACAUUUUUUAAGCAGUAGCUGUAGUCAGUAGCGAACUACCUUUGUUCAAAAGUAGCAGUAGUUUUAGCUGACUACAUAUUUUUGAAGUAGCUGUAGUUAUAGCGAACUACAAAAAUUUUGUAGUCAACCCACCCUUGGAAACGCGUUCGUACAGUUGAAUGUAUUACCUAAAUUUCAAUUAAGGAAAUAUUGUACAAUGUUGUAAAUCAUUGAGCCAAGCGAGAACCUUUACACACAGGUAUCUUGCAAGCUUAACAGAUGCCUUUGCGAGUAUCAACGCUAAAAAUGUGAAAAUACACAAUAAUAACAAUUCCUGUUGGAGAAACUCUAACAACGGAAAUAUCAUUACCAGCUAUUGCAAUUGGAACUGUCCGUACCAGUGUAGGUAGUUCCAAUAAUAUGAACAAGCUUUAGUUGGUAUGGAUGGAACUACCUGAAAAAUAUAAGGAAAAUUUCUACGUUUUGAGCGAAGGCCCUUCCUCUCGAGUUACUUGGCUAGCUAGUAACUCCAGACGAAGGGCCUUCACUCGAAGCGUCGAAAUUCUCCUUAUAUUUUUCAGGUAGUUGCAUCCCUACCAACGAAAGCUUGUUCAUAUUCUAGUUGGAGCGUGUUUUCCUCCAGUCACCAAUAUUAUACUGCAACAGUGACAUUUUCAUUAAACAGGCGAGCUUUGUCAAGUAAAGGAACUAGUGGAUUAUGUCAGGGACUUCCGGGACUGCCUGGACGAGACGGUAACGUAAAAUUCAAGCUCAUUCAAAAUUAAAUUAAACAACACCUCAUUUUCAAAGACGGACCUAUAAGCAAAAUCGUGACAAUAUCAAUAACAGAUAAUUCACCACGCCCCAAAUACACUCAUUUUGUCGAAAAAGUAGUAAGACCUGAAUAUGCAGGGACGUACGGGGGGGGGGGAGGAGGCGGGGGUAGCGGUCAAAUUACCUGAUUUGUUUUAAAUUACAUUUUACCUUUAUAACCUGAUUUUUCAUUUUUAGCACAAUCGUACGGGAUACAAAACUAUUAGGGAGAUUUGGGGGAAUACUUUCUGGAGAAAAUUGAAUAUCUUGACCCUCAAAUCAGCUAAGUCAUCUCUAAAUUUUCCAGAAAUUACCCAUUAGCAAAUACCUCACCCCCCCCACCCCCGGUCGAUACAACCCUGUGCACUUCCUAAUUGUGAUAAGCUCGUUACACCCCCUUCUGUAGUGAACCUUUAUAGGUUGUAUUAUACGUAUUGACCAGAGGGUUUCACUUUCAUACUUCAGGAAAUUCUAAACGUUUGAAGUUCAAAUUCAAGUCCUUUAACAAUCUGCCCAACUACAUGCAGAUGCUUGGCGCCAUUAUGUACUCAACUUCUAUAUGCAAUCUCGUUGAUAUUUUGUGUUUUUAUUUUUUUGGUCAGGACGUGAUGGCCGCGACGCGACACUUAUCGGUAAGAUACCCCAACGUGAUUGGCUGAUUUGUGGUCACGUGGCUUUAUAUAAAUGCAAUGUAUCCUCCGGACAACAAGUGAGACUCUCAGGAAAACAAAACAAAACUAUUUCCCCCGGGAGACAUUAAGCGUAUAAUAUUUUUUACAGGUAUUAUGGAUUUCAUAUCUGAAAAAUUUCAAAGAAUAAACUCUAAAUUGUAAUCGUACUCAUUAAUACGAGCUUUUCUGCAAUCUGAUUGAUUGAUUGAUCUAUUCGCCAUGUAUCAGCUCAUACACGGGGAUUAGCGCAAAAACUGCAAAAUGUUGCCGAAACACUCCUAAAUAUCUUUUUAACAAAUUACCAUACAUGUCUAGUAAACAUUUAAAUGACAAGUUUCUUAUGAGAAUAUAAGUUGUUUGGAGAAAAUCGUAACAAGAAACAAAUAAAGUCGCAGUCAACAAGUACUUACAGUCAAAACGGAUGUUCUCGUGCGGGCAACAUUGCAAUAUUGUCCCAAAAUAUUGCAAUUCUGAUACGCAGAUUGCUCUGAACAAUUUGCAAGCGAUGCAAACAAAUUAAAUUGCCGGUUGAAAUUCACAAAAGAUUUGUAAACAAAUCCUCUGAUUAGACUAUUAGCUAAAAGGAAGCCAAUCAAAUACUCCGGGCAACUGGAUUGGAGUUUCCUUUUUUCUUAUGGUCCAAUCAGAGGCUUUGUUUACAAAUCAUUUGUGAAUUUCAACUGGCAAUUUGUUCUAUCAAAGAGUCCUGAUCAACCACAAUGCAAUGUGCGCAUUUGUUAACGUUUUCCCGUUACUUUUAUCAAUUGUUGCCGCCAUUUUCGAGGCCACACAAAAUGGCUGCCUCUGGCCCACAACGUAACAGAAGCGUAAACAAACGCACGCAUUGCAUUGUGGUUGACCAGGACUCUAUAAAAUUACAAAAUUGUGGGACAAUAUUGCAGUGUUGCUCGCCAGAGAACAUCAGGUUUGACUGUAAUUUGCUACAAAACAUCAAUAUUAAAUAAAAUAUCUUAAGGUUUAUAUCAGCAAAUACUGUUCUAAAACCGUUUAUCUCAUUUAAGUUUUAAAACAGAGUCAUUAAAAAUUCUCAGGCCAAGUUGCGACACGGAUUUGUGGCCUAACAAACCAGCUAUCAAACUAUUGCAACAGAGUCAGAGAAGAGUGUAUUUAUGUGUAGUGUAUUUCGCUGCAGUGAAAUUAGUGACUAUAAGACCAUGUCAUAAAUAAUUAUAUCGUUUGCUCUUGUCGUAUAUUGCCGAUUGACUACUCAGUACUCGCAUUUUGAAUCUGCUACUUGAACUGACUCGGUACUACGCCUCUCGUUAGCUACCAAUCAGCUUGAUCUCAUGGUUAUGUAUUUGAAACGUUAAUUGCUAAUUAUAAAAUCAGUCGUCAAAAAUAUAUUUCAUUUUCUAAGGUCCGCCAGGAAAGCGAGGUGAACCUGGACCGACAGGGACACAAGGGGUAAAAGGGAACUCAGGAGGUGUAGUGUACACUCGGUGGGGAAGAAGUGACUGUCCGCAAUCUGGCAACACAACCAUGUUGUAUUCAGGUAACUGGUUUUCAAAUACUUACUAAAGGAGAUGUAUAACAAAUUCAACAAUUAUCAUUUUUGAUAUUAAUACCAGUGCUGUAGAAGUAGAGGGGUUGCUUUGGGGGUCCCCCUUCUUUAAGUUAUGGGGGGAGGCUGAGCCCCCAUCUACUUUGGAAAAUCGAUUAAUAUACAUAAUAUUAUCGUUAGUGUUUUGAAAAUCAUUCAUGAGUUGUUGUAGCGGACUCAUUUCCUCGCAGUCUUUAAUUUUUCAACCGCCGAGCCCGAGCGUCACGUUUAUCGAUAUGUGUGUGUGUUUAUAAGUCUAUUCCAGGCAUAAAGGUCCUAUUCCAAAGCUGCUUAAGACGUAUGCCACGGACUUAUUAUGAGUUAUGGUCUAUAACUAAAGCUACGUUCACAAGCUACGAUUAAUCGUGUACGAUUCGUAUUCUGGCGUAUUAAAAUGAGUCAGUGGCGCCAUAAUUAAUUGCCGUUUCGUUAAAAAGAAAUUUCAAAUAUACCCAGAUUACGCGUGUUUAUUCGAUGACAUGCGCCAGAAAACGAAUCGUACACGAUUAAUCGCAGCGUGUAAACGUAGCUUAACUACGAGUCAUCUCAGUCAUGAGCUGUGAAUAUCUAUGACGUCAUACGAUGACGUCACAUAUUUUUGUACGAUUUCACUGCUUCACGCUCGUCAAGAGAGCCCCCCUCUGGUAAAUUUAGUUGAACAGCACUGAUUAAGAUACUUAUACGUAGAUACAGACUACUCCGCGAGUAUAUAUCUUUCGUUAAGUGUGUAUGACUGGAUUGUGUUGACUAUUACAUUUGUGAUAAAGGAAUUAAAAGUAAUGUAAAAUUAUAGCCUGAAGUUCAAGAGUCUCUUAAGAAUUUACAUGUGUUUCCUUGCACACAAUUCUGGGAGGCUGGACUGACAGGCUAUUCCAGAUUUUUUCAUUACUGUUAUCAUUUUUAACAUGAAAAUGAACCGUCAAAAAGUAUGUUAUAUCCAGGUAAUUGGUUCUAAAAAAGGUAUGCAUGAAAGGUAUGCAUAUUUAUAUCACUGAUAUAUGUAGCAAGACGGCCUGUGUCCUUUUUUGGCUCGUUAAUUAUUAGUUUUAACUGAUCCAUUGUUAUUUUGCAAUAUGUUAUCAGACGCGCAUAACUGAAUAUAUUAAGUUCCGUUUUUAUACAUACCUCUACACUGAAACUGACGACUUUCAAUUCUGAAUUAUCAUCAUCGAUGUUAUAUAGGUGUGGUGGGUGGAUCACAUUAUACACAUACCGGUGGUGCUUCAAACUAUCUCUGUUUGCCAUUGAAUCCAAUAUUUGACAAAAUCACUCCAGGAACUCAAGGAUACAGCUAUAUGUACGGUACAGAGUACGAAUCAUCCUCUCAUACCAACAUGUUUCCCCAAAACGUCUUUGAUCAUGAUGCACCUUGCGCAGUCUGCUACACCGAGUCACGUGGCAGUCACCUGAUGAUUCCAGCUCGUAAUGUCUGUCCCUCAGGUUGGACCUUGGAGUAUAAAGGUUAUCUCAUGUCAGCUUUUCAUGGCCACAAAGGAAGAACCCAGUUUAUUUGUGUUGACGGGAAUGCUGAAGCUACAACUGGAUCUCACAGUGAUCAAAAUGGUGCACUACUGUAUUUUGUUGAAAGUCAAUGUGGUUCUCUUCCUUGCCCACCAUACGGCAAUGGUAAAGAAUUGACCUGUGUCGUUUGCACUAAAUGA